AAAAAGUCAACUGAUUUUUAAAUACAUUACACAACACACAACUCUGACUUGUGAAAUUCUCCCUCCUUUUCUUUCUCUUUCUCUCUCCUUCAAUCAAUGGAACACUACUACGGUGCUCAUUUAUGAUUUCCAAUUUCCCAGAUUUUGCAUUAAUUCAAACACAGCUUUGAAGAAAUCAAUCUAUCCCCGUUUUUCUUCUUCCAUACCUUUCCAUUUUUCUACUAAAUAAUGAAUGUCUCACCCCUGAAAUAAGCAUUUUGUCCCAUAAAAAUGGCAGUUUUAAUCUUCACUCUGUUUUUGAUAAGUUUCUAUUUUGGGCAAGUUUCAUGCUUGGGAAACUCAAACUCAGCUCUACACACUCUGUUGCAGGUGAAGAGCUCAUUUGUUUCAGACCCAAAUGGUGUGUUGAACUCCUGGUCUGAAACAACAAACCCAGAUUUCUGCACAUGGGAAGGAAUCACGUGUGACUCAGCCCGAGCUGCAGUACUGAGUCUUAACCUCUCCAACUCACAACUCAGUGGGUCAAUCUCACCUUCACUCGGUGGCUUAAACCACCUACUCCACCUUGACCUGUCAAUGAACCAACUCAGUGGGCCCAUUCCAACCACUCUCUCAAACCUCUCCUCUUUAGUUACUUUGCUUCUAUUCUCUAAUCAACUCAGUGGGCCCAUCCCUACUCAACUCGGCUCACUCACGAGUCUACAUGUGAUGAGAAUAGGUGACAAUGAGCUCAGUGGGGCAAUCCCAUCUUCACUUGGUCAACUUUCUAAUUUGGUCACUUUGGGUUUAGCAUCAUGUAGACUUUCUGAGUUUAUACCUUCCCAAUUAGGAAAGUUAAACAAACUUGAGAGUUUAGUUUUGCAAGACAACUAUUUGGUGGGUCCCAUUCCAGGUGAGCUUGGAAAUUGCACAAACCUUGUUGUUUUUUCAUCUGCUCUGAAUAUGUUGAAUGGCAGUAUCCCUCAGCAACUGGGUCAGCUUCAGAAUCUCCAAACUCUGAAUCUUGCAAAUAACAGCUUUUCUGGAGAAAUUCCUGAAGAAAUUGGUGAUUUGGGUCAGCUUAACUACCUUUCUUUAUUGGGAAAUGAGCUUGUGGGUCCCAUCCCAGAUUCACUAGCCAAAUUGGGUAAUCUGCAAACCCUUGAUUUGUCAAUGAACAAGCUCACUGGAAUUACCCCUGAGAGUCUUGGCCAAAUGAAUCAGUUACAAGACUUGGUAUUGUCAGGCAACAGUUUUUCUGGUGUUUUACCAACUAGUAUUUGUUCAAACACAACUAGCCUCCAGAGCUUGUAUCUUUCAAAUUGUCAAUUUUCUGGUGAAAUCCCACCAGAAAUUGGACAAUGUCUGUCCCUGGAAAGGCUUGAUUUAUCCAACAAUACACUAAAUGGAUCGAUACCGGUCGAGUUAUAUGGUCUGCUUAAUCUGACUGAUCUUUAUCUGUAUAACAACAGUUUAACCGGUUCGAUAUCUCCUGCCAUCGGAAACCUCAGCAAUUUGCAGACUUUGGCAAUCUACAUGAACAAGCUAGGGGGAAAGUUUCCUAAAGAGAUUGGUAUGUUGGAAAGUCUUGAGGUGAUUUUCAUCUAUAACAACCAAUUCUCUGGUGAAAUUCCUUUGGAAAUUGGUAACUGCUCAAACUUGCAAAUGGUUGAUUUCUAUGGGAAUCAAUUCACUGGAAUGUUGCCUUCUACAAUGGGGUUGCUUAAAGAAUUAAGUUUCCUGCAUCUCAGACAAAAUGAUCUGGUGGGUGAUAUUCCACUCACUUUGGGGGACUGUCAACAGCUGCUGAUUCUUGACUUGGCUGAUAAUCACCUUUCUGGUGGAAUUCCUGCAACAUUGGGUAAUCUGAAGUCACUGCAACAGUUUAUGCUGUACAACAACUCCCUUGGAGGUAACAUCCCUGAUGAACUGAAAAGCCUGUCUAAUCUGACAAGAGUGAAUCUUUCAAAUAACAAACUGAAUGGCAGCAUUGAUCCUUUAUGUAGUUCAACUUCAUUGCUUUCUUUUGAUGUGACUAACAAUGAAUUUGAUCAUGACAUUCCACCCCACUUGGGGAAUUCAUCUUUGCUUGAAAGGCUAAGGCUAGGAAGCAACCGUUUUACCGGGGAAAUCCCUCCAACAUUCGGGCUCAUAAACGAAUUAUCCUUGUUAGAUCUUUCAAGGAAUUCGCUUUCGGGGUUUAUACCCUUUGAACUUUCCUUUUGCAAGAGACUUUCUCAUCUUGAUCUAAAUGGAAACCAUCUCACAGGAAAAAUCCCAACAUGGUUUGGGAGUUUGCCACAGUUGGGUGAACUUAAACUGUCCUCAAACUCCUUUUUUGGUCCUUUACCACCUCAAUUGUUCAACUGUUCUAAACUCCUUGUCCUUUCUUUAGAGGACAAUCAGUUGAAUGGUACCCUUCCAACAGAAAUUGGUGAUCUUACUGCUCUGACUGUUCUUAAACUUAGUAAAAACCAAAUUUCUGGUUCAAUCCCGCCUUCGAUUGGUACCCUAAGCAAGCUAUUUGAGCUUAGAAUAUCUUCUAACCUCUUAAAUGGUGAUAUACCAAUUGAGAUCUCUCUACUCCGGAAUCUCCAAAUCAUGCUUGAUCUUAGUUUCAACAAUCUCACUGGUAAAAUCCCACCACAAAUCGGAUCGCUUUCUAAGCUAGAAGCUCUCAGUUUAUCUCACAAUCAGCUCACUGGUGAGGUUCCUCCUCAGAUUGGUGAAAUGAGCAGUUUGAGUGUGCUUAACCUUUCAUACAACCACCUUGAAGGGAAACUUGCUAAACGUCUUUCGCAAUGGUCAGCUGAUGUUUUCAUGGGGAAUAAACUCCUAUGUGGGAAGCCUCUAGAACAAUGCAGUGUAGCCAACUCAAGCAACCAUAAGCAUACAUUAGCAUCAUUACUUCUCUCAUCAAUACUUACUAUUGUUGCUGCUUUAGUCUUGUUACUUGGAGUUGCCAUCUGCAUCAAAAGGAGGAGAGAAAUGCUCAACAGAUCUAAGGAAACAGGGAGUACAUUCUCAAACAGUUCGGGAUCCAACACGAACCGGCGUUUACUCAAUCCAAAAUCCCCAAUAAGGCAAGAGUACAGAUGGGAUGACAUUAUGGAAGCAACACAGAAUUUGAGUGAUGCUUUUAUAAUUGGUUCUGGUGGUUCUGGUACUAUAUACAAGGCUGACUUAGCUUUCGGAGAGACUGUCGCAGUGAAGAAGAUACCGCGAAAAGAUGAUCCCUUGUUGGAUAAGAGUUUUGCAAGAGAGAUAAAAACACUUGGGAGAAUAAGGCACAGGCAUCUAGUGAAGCUGAUUGGGUAUUGCAGUAACAAAGGAGAAGGGUCGAAUUUGUUGAUAUAUGAUUACAUGGAGAAUGGGAGUUUGUGGGAUUGGCUCCAUGGAAAAGGAAGUAAGAGCAACAAGGAAGGAACAAAGGGACUUGAUUGGGAGACGAGGUUAAAGAUAGCUGUUGGGUUAGCUCAAGGGGUGGAAUAUUUGCACCAUGAUUGUGUUCCGAAGAUCAUUCAUAGGGACAUUAAAUCAAGUAAUCUGCUGUUGGAUUCAGACAUGGAAGCUCAUUUGGGAGAUUUUGGAUUGGCAAAGCAGAUUCAUACCAAUUAUGAAUCUAUCAAUGAGACUGAAUCUAGUAUUUGGUUUGCUGGAUCUUAUGGAUAUAUCGCACCAGAAUACGCGUACUCACUGAAGGCAACAGAAAAGAGUGAUGUAUACAGCAUGGGAAUUGUACUAAUGGAGCUUGUAAGUGGAAGAAUGCCAACAGAUUCAAGUUUUGGUACAGAUAUAGACAUGGUGAGAUGGGUAGAAACACAUAUUGAAAUGGAAGGAUCAGAGCGAGAGAAGCUGUUUGAUCCAAAUUUAAAGCCUCUUCCCUCCAAUGAAGAAUAUGCAGCUCUCCAAGUUCUUGAAAUUGCAAUGCAGUGUACUAAGACAUACCCUGCUGAAAGACCGUCUUCACGCCAAAUCUGUGAUCAACUUCUGCAAGUCUACAGAAAUAGGACAGUUGGUUCUGUCAAUGGUGACAAUGUCUUAGUGUGAUAGUCAAGCUGGAUCGGAUCAGUGUUCAACAAAGAGUAAUUUGUUCUGGGAUUUUUUUAAUUUCUUUCAGGGAUUUGAUCAUGCUAACAAACUGAUUUCAUGAUGACUUAUUUAUUGUAAUUAAUCUGCCAAUAGGCUGCAGCUAUUCUGAUGUAAAUAAAAGAUUCUGUCAAAUGAUGCUGAAUUCGACAGAAAUUUUAGGAUAAUGAAUGCAACAUCUAACAGGUACAACUAGUACCCCUACUCUAGUGUUGGACAUAGUUUGCUGAUGCCUCA